AUGAGGUCUGAUUGUGAAGAAGAUGCAAACGAAAUUCAAGAAAUUUCACAAAGAUUAUGUAAAUUUCNGUCUCAAGAGAACUUCAGUCUGAUUGCGCACGCAUAUACGAUAGAUUUAUCGAGACGAGACGAGAUAUACAGAGUAGCGAAUGAAGUGAAAUCAGACGUUGGUACCGUUGAUAUUCUGGUGAAUAACGCUGGCAUUGUGAACGGAAAGAAUUUUUUGGACACUCCGGACGAGGCAAUUGAACGCAUUAUGACAGUUAACGCCACAUCGAUGUUCUUCGUCAGUUUUGCUUUGCUCAGGCUUCGAUUCUUUCAACAAUAG